CUCCCCGGCCGCUGCGAGCGGAGCCGGGGCGGGGGAGCCAGGCGGCGGCGGCGGCGGCGGCGACGGAGGCUGCCGUGGGGAGGGAUGGAGAGGGGAGGGGGGAGCGGAGCCGAGCGGAGACAGCCGCGGCGCUGCAGAGCGGCUGGGGCGGCGGCGCGGCAGAGGGUGCUCCCCCCGUCGCGCGCCCCGAGUCGGUGAGGGCCCGGCCCGGAGGCCCCGGAGCCAUGGGCUGCAUCGGCUCCAGGACUGUGGGGAACGAGGUGAUAGCAGUGGACUGGAAGGGCCUGAAGGAUGUCGAUCAGAUUAACAUGGACAGCACCAGCUCACUGCACGGGAGCAGCCUCCAUCGGCCAUCUACUGAGCAAACUCGAACUGAUUUCUCCUGGGACGGCAUCAAUCUUUCCAUGGAGGAUACCACUUCCAUUCUUCCGAAGCUUAAGCGAAACUCCAACGCCUAUGGUAUUGGGGCCCUGGCCAAGUCAUCGCUCUCAGGGAUCUCUCGAAGCAUGAAGGACCAUGUGACAAAGCCCACAGCCAUGGGGCAAGGCCGGGUGGCCCACAUGAUUGAGUGGCAGGGCUGGGGGAAGACACCGGCCAUUCAGCCACAACACAGCCACGAGGCGGUACGCAGGGAUACAGACGCCUACUCCGACCUCAGUGAUGGUGAGAAGGAGGCACGUUUCUUAGCAGGUGUCAUGGAGCAGUUUGCUAUUUCUGAGGCCACACUCAUGGCCUGGUCUUCUAUGGAUGGUGAGGACAUGAGUGUCAACUCUACCCAGGAGCCAUUGGGCUGCAACUACAGUGACAAUUACCAGGAGCUGAUGGAGAGUCAGGAUGCCCUGGCUCAAGCCCCCAUGGAUGGAUGGCCUCACUCCUAUGUGUCCCAGGGCAUGUACUGUCUGGGGUCAUCAGAUGCCUGGGAAGCAAGUGACCAGUCCCUCAUUGCCUCUCCGGCCACAGGAUCCUAUCUUGGCCCUGCAUUUGAUGACUCACAGCCCAGCUUACAUGACAUGGGGCCUUCCCAACCUGCUUCCGGAUAUUCUGCUCAGGAACCACCACCUUUGUUGGGGGGAGACACUGACUGGGCUCCAGGAAUGGGCGGGGUGGACCUGGCACAGGGCCCUGCUGAGGAGGAGAAGAGGCCAUUGGCCCCUGAGGAGGAAGAGGAUGCAGGAUGCCGAGACCUGGAGUCACUUUCCCCACGAGAAGACCCGGAGGUGUCCACUGCUCUUAGCCGGAAGGUGUCUGAUGUCACAUCCUCAGGCGUUCAGUCCUUUGAUGAGGAAGAGGGCGAGGCCAACAACUAGCUCCUUCCCCCUAAGCCCCUUCCACCCCUACCUGAGGCCCAUGGCUGCGGCCCACACCCUCCCUUCCCCCAGCGGUAUAGCUGAAACUUGGGCAGACGACAGCGGGGGACCCAGGAAGUUUCCAGACCUCUCCCAGCAAUGGAGGACCAAGAUAGGAUUUUAGCCAGGCUUACACUCUAGAAACCACAGGUCCAGGACUGGAACCCAGACAACUAGAUGGCUGUGAAAUUGGCGUGGCUGUGGGAGAAAGGCCGGGACAGUGGGCUUCUGGGUCUGUGUCCGGGAAGCCUCCAGGGUGUGCAGCCUGAGGACAGGUGCACAGUGUGACCACGCCCAAACUGGACCUCCAUUCUUCACUCCCUGACUUCGUCUUCCAGGAGCCCUGACUGUGCUGUCUGAUUGCCUCCUCUCUCCAUUUCAUUCUUGCUUUUCCCAACUGUUUUCUCUGGCUGUGGCCCUAGUUCAUCGUUACUGUGAGGAAUAGACCUCAGGGACUGUUGGACGAGGCUGAUGGGCACAGGGGAGGCAGCUAAAAGGGCACGUGUGCAUGGAGCUGAGCCUGCCCUCAGUGGGUCAUUUGGCUUCCGAGAUUGGAAGUCUAGGAGGAGGUGGACGGAGCAGCUGUGAUUUAUGAGGGGGCACAGGCAUGGUUCUUUAUAGCAAGCCCUGCCCAGAGAUGAGAGACUCACUGAUGAGGCCGAGAACUAACACACCACUUAUUCUGAGAUCUUGAAUAUAUGGCUGAAAGGCGGAUCCUAAGGAUCUGGGAAAAGACCCUGUGGGGGGAGGCUGGCUGCUCCAGCCCUUGCUCCCCUCCUGCCUUCUUCCAUCCCUGCUCUCGGAACCCCUGGCCCUAAAGAGGGUAAGGGGACACCAGUUGCAGAUAUUUGGACACAGGACGCAGGUGUCCCUGCUAGUGGGGGGAGCAUGAGGGCUGUGUCUGCCCCUACCCACCCCUAAUUCUCUGGAGCUGUUUACACUUUUCUCUUUGCCUUUUCUACAUUUUUAUAACUUCUUGGGGACUCAGGGUUGAGUGGGGUGGAGGGAGGAGUCGGUGCUGUCUCUCCCCAGGCCGGGCAGGGUUGCAGGCUGAGGGCCAAGGUGGGCUCUGCCUCUUUGUGUCAGCUUCACACUCUGUCCUUGCUGUCCUCGCUCACUGCCCAGUCCUCCUGCCCAGAAAGAGAGGCAGAGCUUGCUCUCCCUGAUGAGGACUCUGAGCAGCACGCAAGCCCCAGCACUAGCAUAAGAGGGCAUGUGGCUGGGAGAUGGCCAGUGGGACUUGCUGGCCUGUGGCAUAGGCAGAGUUUGGGUAGGAGAGAGAGGCCUAAGAGGUUCAUUGCCCUAGUUCCCUUUUUCCUCAUGCCCAUCUCAGGCUCCAGCUCCCAGCCCUGGUGUCCUACUCACUCUUGGUCAGUGGUCCUCCUAUUGCAUCCUUGUAUCUUCUCCCGGUCCCUGGCACAAACUUCCCCCGACCCCUGGACCACAGACUACUAUUGCUUUAGAAUGAGGAGGUUAAGAAUUGGGGUGUUUCUCUUCAUCUGUGACCCCACCCUACCACCAAGUUCAUACUCAUAUACACAUGCUCCUGAAAUGGAGCUAGAACAGGGUGUCCCGUGUCUUCCAGGGAAGACGGAGAAUGGUUAUACUGAGGUUGGUUCUUGUAGGAAACACGGGAGUAGGCUUGGUGAGCCAAGGUACGUGCCAUCUCUUGAUCUCAUGCUGCCUGCACAGAAGUGGCCCCUUAUGCUUGGUAACAUCUCCUGACUCGGAGUCCCAGGACCACAUUUUUAGGAGCUCUCUAGGAAGUGGUCUAGCAUGCUCACCUGGACAGCUGUCCCUUGCCCAUCUCCUGCUGUAGGUCCUGGGGUUUUGCAUGCCCUUGUGACCUUCCUCCCAUGGGGUCCCUGGGUUCUCACCUCCAGCCUGCCCUCUCACCAAGUCACCUCUUCCUCUCCUCUUAUCCCCUCACUGCCCAUAUUCUCCCCUGGACCACACCGGAUGUCUGACCCAGUGAAUGGUUCGUUUGUCAUUGGUCCUUUUUGCCCAGGGCCCUGGGAGCUGGGAAGAGUAGACUAUAGCAGCUUUCUUCCCUCCUUCCCUUUCCUAAGGGAGCCAAAUGGUCCCUGACAAAAGACAACUAAAGUUCUGAAGGAAUCUGGCAGGGUUGACACAUAAGCAGAGGCUCAGAGUCCCCAGGGUGCUGGCACGUAGCUUCAGAGAAUAGGGCAGGUGGGGGUCUGCCUUGUGCGAAGACCUCCUUUUCCACUCUGAGGAGGGAGAAGACUCAAGGAACUGGCCUGGGACUACCUUGGAACUCUUCUAGAGGGAGGGACUGCCUUUCUGGUGCUGGACGCAGGGUGCAUGGGGGUUUGCUUAUAGCCUAUUUGGGGGAGGGGGGGCAUGUGCAGGAAGAGGCUAUGGGGGGUGGGAAAGGGUUGCUUUUCCUUUGGGAUUAAAGGCCGUGCAGCACGUUUUACAGCGGUCCUGGAGCAGGGCUGUUUUUAUAUUCUUGUGAAUGAAACUGCUCUUGCUAAAUGAUUUUCUUUUGGGGGGAGGGGCGCACUUUCACUUUCAAUUGACUUUAUUAAAUGAAAAUCCAAAUCUUCCCUCUUCCCCUUCCGUUGCCCCCUCCCCCCUCCACACACACCUUCCUGCUAAUCCUUGUGUUAAGGAGGGGACCUGGGGAAUGAGUUUAUUAUCGUCUUCCUGUCCCCACCUGUAUACCCCACACUUCGUCUUCCAGGUCUGGGAAAUAACCAUUUUUACGGUCAGUCUUAGCAUGUUUUCUUAAUGUGACAUUCCCACCCCAGGCCCAAGAGAGAUUCUAUGACAUAUAUUACAGAGAGACUUCUAUAUCAAUAUAUAUAAAUAUUAUAGAUUAUGUACACAGGGGCAGGGGCUCCAAUGCCCACUGCCAGCCCCCACCCAGGCUUCAGCAUCUCUCUUAGCCUGGGGCGGAGGAGGGAUGUGAUGUGGAGAGGGGUAGAGGCUGUGUUCAGUGGCACUAAACAGAAUGUGGUGGCA